CCUAAACUGACAAGGAAGAUACACUCUACAGAGCUAACAUAGUGCGGAUAAACAUAUUGGAAACAAAAUCAUGUAAGAAACAAGGCUUUUAUAAAUGUCUGUGCUUAGAGACAAGAUGUUAGGAGGAAUUCUCUAAAAUAAACGAUGUGAGGAGGUGGGAUAUGGCAAUGCAGUAGUCUACAGUUCUCUGAAGUGACUGUGCAGAAGGCCUUGAGUAUAUUCUCAUAAGAAACAAUUUAAGGAAACACAGGAACUUCAGCUCAGGAGGAAGAUGAAAGAUAGCGUCCCUGAAGAACAUUUAUAUUUGGGUUUGUCUCAUGAGUACAAAGAUAGUAUCUUUCCUCUUCAUACAUCUAUUUCACUGUUUUUGCUGUCCUACUGUGACUGCAAAUUAUUCAAAAUUUUCUUAGUGCCGACUGGUGAAGAUGUGGACAAUCAGUUUGUGACAAAAAACCUUCUUAGUGAUCUUGAGGUCCAUUUAAUCUCCAAAUGCCAGCUUCCUGUGGUCAUGCAGAGCUGCUGUUUACCUGCUGUUGUCGCGAAAGAUGACAAGUUCUGUCGAGCUGGGCUUUCCGUUGUCUUAAGGCAUAUAAUACAGAAAACAUAUGAGGCAGAUCCAUCUAAAAAGUAUGUUUUGGAACUCCUGGGCUUUAAGAAGACCUGCUUAAAAGCCUGUGCUGAGGUUAGCCAGUGGACCAGACUUUGUGAGAUCAGCGUACCUCUGGCUGUUGAGGGAUUUUUGACGGCAUCUCCUGAGCACUGUCAGGCUGUCCCUGCUGACAUUUUACAGCUUGAAAGAAAACUUGGAGAACCUGUCCGAGUGCACAACGAUGACAAAAUUCGAAGGCAAAAACUUCAACAACAGAAGGCAAGUGCUGAGGCUGCGGUGCCUGGAUUCAGUAAAGAAGCGACAGAGGAAGGAAAAACAGUGGAGGUACACGAUCAUCCGCUUCCAAGUCUGGAACUGAGCAUAGCUUUCUCCAAGCUGCAUGUCCAGGAAGCAUCAAAUGCGGUCCGAGAGGCCCCUGUUGUCAGGAGAACAAAAACCUCUGACCUUCCACCUUUGGACCACAUUUUUGCAGAGGGGCUUUAUUUUACCUUGGCAGAUAUAGUGCUUCUGCCAUGCGUCCAUCAGUUCUUGGUUCACAGCAAAAAACAAGGAAAAAAUCUGGGAAACUUGCCUCUGAUAUCCAGUUGGUAUCGAAGAGUUCAAGAAGUACCUGGAAUAAAGAAAGCUGCUCACAAAUGCAGUAUACAACUUCUCCAGCUUCCAGAGUUCAUGCCUGCUCCAGAGGAACAACUACAAGACUUCUCUUCAGUUCCUGAUGAAUUAGAAGAGGAGCAUGAAGACAGUCAUUUUAUAGGUGGUCCAAGGCCAACUAUGACUAAGUUAAUGGAAAGCGGUAUUGAGGCAAAAUUUUCUCCUCAUCCAUGCCCUAACUGGACUAUAGACUGGACCAAUCUCCCAUCAGCAGUCAGUCCUGGAGAAGCCAAGUGUUAUCUCUACAACUAUGCAAAUCCAGACGAUACAGAGCUUCCCAAAGGGAAAGCUGACGGUGCUGAAGUACGUGUUGACUCUGACCCGGGAAAGAUGUCUAGUGAUCGGGCUCUGAGGAAACAGCAGCAAUUGAAUAAUUUGGUAGCAGCUGUGACAAAGCUCGUUAAGCCUGGAGAUGUGAUUGUGGAUUUUUGUAGUGGAGGGGGACAUGUUGGAAUUGUUCUUGCUUACAUGCUGCCAUCAUGUCAGGUGGUGCUCAUAGAAAAUAAGGAGUUAUCUCUGAUCCGUGCUAAAGACAGAAGCGAUGAACUAGGUUUAAACAACAUUUCAUUCAUUCAAGCAAAUCUGGACUAUUUUAAAGGGACUUUUAACAUUGGGGUGGCUCUGCAUGCAUGUGGUGUGGCAACAGACAUGGUGAUCGAACACUGCAUUAAGGCGCGGGCAGCCUUUGUCAUCUCCCCAUGUUGUUAUGGCUUCAUUCAGAACACUGUGAAGUUUAAAUAUCCACGAAGUAAUCAGUUCAAAGAAAUUUUAUCCUACAAGGAGCACAUGAUCCUUUGCAGAUUUGCAGAUCAGACAGCUGUUCAGCUUCCACCUGAACGCAGGCUAAUAGGAAAGCAGUGUAUGGGGCUUGUGGAUCUCGAUCGGGCCUGGGCUGCAGAAGGAAGUAACUACUCUGUCCAAGUUAUAUCUAUGGAGCCAGAGAGCUGUUCUCCAAAGAACAAUAUGUUUGUGGGCAUCCCGACUUAGAGUGUGAAGCUCAUACUUGUUUCGAGGUUGAACAUAAAUCCUCAGUGCAUAACAACAUCCAGCAGAUUCAAGCAUAGGUGGGAAGCAGACAUCACGCAUCUUGAACCCAUUGUGUUUGGAAAAGGAAGCAGCAUGAAAAGCUUUAGAAUAUGUACUGCAUGCAGAGAAUUGCAAAUUGUAGCUUGUAAUGUGUCUUUAGGCAACUUUUGGUGGUUCUUACUGAGAAGUCUCCACAACUGUUGAUAUCACAUCUGUCCGCAGACAUUCAGAAAAAAGGUGGUCUUAGAGAAGGGAAGGUGAUUCUCUUUGCAGUAAAGCUGUUUUGGCUGCUUCAAAAUUGUAUUCAUGUUCAAACCUUCAUUUGUGCUCAUGGGCAGAGCAGUUAUCAGCCACUUAUGCAGAUCACUAGAGGAACAGAUGGCAUUUAUGGUGUUAGUGAAGAAGGUUGUGCAACAGGUGGUGGCUUGAUUUCGCUAAAGAAUUCCAUACUACAAGAUUAGAUUCCAUACUAGCAAGAUUAUUUUUAGUAAAAGAUUUUCAGAAUACUUUGAUCAUCAUUCUGCAUACAGAAAAAACGUAUUCUAACCUCAUAAUCUUUUUAAAAUGAUUUUAAAUUUUAUCUUUGAAUUUUACACAGUAAUUCUGUAACCAGACAAUUGAAGGUGAGUAUUUAAAGAAGAAAACCUUUAUUUCUCCAUUGACAAGAUAACAGGAGCUAGUGAUGAUGUGAGCGAACAACUACUUCACUGCCACCUCUACUAGUUGAAGUGGAUUGCUUUCCAUUCUUAAGAGACUUUCUGUCAGAUGCGAUUUUUAAGACCAGCUUGUGUCUGUACACAUAUUCUUCGUUUAUUUUUAUAUUCAAUUUAAAUCUGAACAAAGUUGCAGUUGUGGAACCGUUUGAAAAGAUCAACAACAGACUUGUUACUGUAGAAUGAAAAUAAAUGUUCUUCUGUGCUUUUACUAGUAAGCAGUUUCCUACCCUA